AGCCGUGACAACGUACUUGAAAGCUGAAACGCUGCCCGUUUGGCUACUUAAAAUAAAGUUAGUUUUUCGUCGCCAAAUUUAGUGAAGAUUCUCCGGCACAUAUGCCGUUCGUACAUCAGGAUAAAACUCGCGAGGGCGGCGGUUCGAGGGAAAACCGCCGCUCCCUGACUAAUUUCAUCGGAUUCGACUCCCUGCAGCUGUCUGAACAGGCUGGCUCUUCGAAUAGUGAACACGACUCUAUUGAUGGGCCUGUGCCGGGCGUACCUGGCAGCUCUGAGAAGCCUCGCCAGUGGGAGCAAUGGAAGCCUGCCAGUCCUGAGGCGGCGCAGACCCCGCGGAGCCUUGUGCCUUCGGGCUGCUUCCCGCCCGGGCCCGCGGGCUUCGCUAGUUACAGUGAAAACGCCCGGCCUGGUAGCUGGGCGGACGACGGCGCCGGCACGUGGCCAGAGGACAGUUCUCUGGAAUGGACGGAGGUCCCCAACCAGUACACCGACCUUGUCUCAUCAAUGAAGACCUUGUCUAUGUCCGCGGCGGACUUCUCCCGCGGCAACCGCAGCCCCCGCAGCCCCGGUGCACUGCAGCUCGGACAGGACCACUUCCUUAGCGAGGGGAACGGUGUCAAUAUGCAGCCACCUUGGCCGCCGGAGCAGGCCUCGACGUCUAUGAUAAACAGUGCCCCGGUCAAAACAUAUAUACCGAGCGGCAGUCGCGGCUGCAGGUCCGAGCCGCUGCGGUGGUCGGGGCGGCUGCCGGCGCGAGGCGUUGACGCCAGCGGUGGCUACUCCUCCAAGGUGUUCGUGGGCGGUCUGCCCUGGGACAUUACUGAGGAUGACCUGCUAUAUUCCCUCAGGAAUUUCCAGCCAGUACGUGUGGAGUGGCCGGGACGCGAGGGUGUGGGCGGAGUGGGCGGGGCUGGGGGCUCUGUGGGCGGGGCGGAGACGUCACCUCGCGGCUACGCGUACGUGACGUUCGAGAGCGAGCGUCGCGUGCGCUCUCUGCUGGCGGCCGCGCGCUGCGACGCCGGCAACUGGUACUACCGCGUCUCCUCCCGCAACAUGCGUAACAAGGAGGUGCAAGUGAUCCCGUGGGCGGUGUCGGACUCUAACUACGUAUGUGGAGGCUCCGUGCGCCUAGAGCCGCGCCGCACCGUGUUUGUGGGCGCGCUGCACGGCAUGCUCGGCGCCUACGGGCUCGCGCUCAUCAUGAAUGAUCUGUUCUCCGGCGUCGUGUAUGCAGGUAUCGACACUGAUAAGAACAAGUAUCCAAUCGGUUCUGGCCGCGUGACAUUCAACAACGCGCACUCCUACUUACGCGCCAUCGCCGCUGCAUACAUAGACAUCACCACAGACAAGUUCUCAAAGACCGUACAAGUUGACCCAUAUCUAGAGGACGCUAUGUGUUCCGUAUGCAACCUGCAGCAGGGACCUUACUUCUGCAGGGAUCCGCUCUGCUUCAGAUACUUCUGUCGCGCAUGCUGGGCAUGGCAGCACCGCAAUGUGAGCCACAAGCAGCUCAUGCGCUGGUCCAAGAGCAGCGCAGGCGCAGGACCACGCCACGCCCCUUCACACGCCCCGCACGCCCCGCACGCCCCGCACGGCCCGCACAACGCCCCCGCCCUGCGCGCCCCAGCCUCGCCCCCCGCAGCCGCACAGCCUCCAGCACUAGGAGAACCCUCGUAUAAUGGAUACGCAGUCUCUUGUGACGGAACUCCUUCACCAGAUCUGAGUGAAUUCGAAGUAUCGAGUGGUGUGUCUUCUCACAACCACUUCGAGGUGCCCAAGUUGAGUGACACUAACAAGGAGCCAUGGGAAUAA